GUACUCACAGGGAACUGUUCUGAUGGGAGGCCCGUAUGAUGGGAUAAGCGCUCUAAAGAAAUAAAUAAAAGGAUGACUCAAGAAGACACUACUAAAUGCAAGUGCCGGGGAAGUCACAGCUCCUCUCCGUGAACUCGCAGUGGAUUGUCUUCCUGUGGGUUGGCAGGCAGUUCUAGGACUGCAGAAUGGGGCUUCGGAUUCACUUUGUUGUUGACCCACAUGGUUGGUGCUGCAUGGGUUUGAUUGUCUUUGUCUGGUUAUACAAUAUUGUUUUAAUUCCCAAAAUUGUCCUCUUUCCUCACUAUGAAGAAGGACAUAUUCCAGGCAUUUUGAUAAUAAUAUUCUAUGGCAUUUCUAUAUUUUGUCUGGUUGCCUUAGUGAGGGCCUCCUUAACCGAUCCUGGAAGACUCCCUGAAAACCCCAAGAUCCCACAUGCAGAACGGGAGCUGUGGGAGCUGUGCAACAAGUGUAAUUUGAUGAGGCCAAAGCGAUCCCAUCACUGCAGCCGCUGUGGCCACUGUGUAAGAAGGAUGGACCACCACUGUCCUUGGAUAAACAACUGUGUGGGUGAAGACAACCACUGGCUCUUUUUGCAACUGUGUUUCUACACUGAGCUUCUGACUUGCUACGCACUGAUGUUUUCUUUCUGCCACUAUUAUUAUUUUCUUCCACUAAAAAAGCGUAAUUUGGACCUCUUUGUUGUUCGGCAUGAGCUGGCUAUCAUGAGACUAGCUGCCUUUAUGGGCAUUACCAUGUUAGUUGGAAUAACUGGACUCUUCUACACACAACUGACUGGCAUCAUCACAGAUACAACAUCUAUUGAAAAGAUGUCAAACUGUUGUGAAGAAAUAUCGCGGCCCCGAAAGCCAUGGCAGCAGACCUUCUCAGAAGUUUUUGGCACUCGUUGGAAGAUCCUGUGGUUCAUUCCUUUCAGGCAGAGGCAACCACUGCGAGUUCCCUACCACUUUGCCAAUCACGUCUAAACAGAUGGAUGGUGGGCACAGAUGGGUCCUCCAUGCUGGAAAUGCGUUACAGGUUUUAUGAGAAUAGAACUAUGACAGUCUUCAAGUCAAUUAAAAUCCACCCACCAAUCUUAGGCACCAUAAUGUGCCCCACGCUUUAUUUUAAUAGUGAUCUUGAUCCUGUUGUGGGGCUAAUACAAGAUCUAUAUUUAAGUUUUAAAAGCAUGUUUACUUUCAAAUUAGCCUUUCACCGGGAUUUCUUUAUUAGCUUUUGUUACUAAAUUCAAAAGGCAGUGAUUGGGAUGAAAUAAUUGUACAUAAAUUUCCUUCACUACUCACAGUAUUUUAAAUUUUAAUUUAUAAGAAAUUUGAGAUGUUUAAUGUUUACCUUUAAAUAGUACUAACCAAAUUUGAAUUUAAUUCUUCAGGUUUACAAAACUUGAUAUACUUUCUUAGAUGUAAAUUUUCUUUUUUGAAUAUAAGUUAAAAUGCUUUUCAUACUUCCUUUUCUAUGUGCUGCAGGGUUUUUAAUAUGCAGUGUAGGGUGAGCAACAAAGGGCAGUGAUUGCCUGGGAGCAGCUCUCUGAUGCUUCCUUCCUCUUUCCUGCUCAUCAAAAGCGAGAUAUGACACACGAGUGUAAUGCACCAACUACUACCUUAUUAUAAAGGAGAAAUUAAUUUUCCCUUCUGCUGCAGUUAUUGAUUGCUGUUAGAAUGUUUGCUCCCAGGAGAAAUUUGUGACCAGUCAGGCAUAUAUUCCUGUUUUACCCUAAGAGUCUAAUGACUGAAAAGGAUAGGAAUUUUGCAAUAAUUCCAGUUACUUCUUCAAGUGCAGUUAUAUCAGAAUGCAGAUGUUUUAAAAUGCUUGUAUAACUGGAUGGUGUGUAAUACACAGUAUAUAAAGGAAUACUGUGUUUUAAAGUAUGUAUAUUUUUACUUAUCUGCCAGUAGAUCUAACUGUACACAUUGAAAGUUUAUAUAUUAUAUGAUAAAUACUGGUCAACUCAUAUCAAAGUUUAAAAGUAGAUCAUUAACUUUAUAUACCAGUAAUCACCCAGGUUGAAAUUGAAUUUUCAUUGCCCAGUUAUAAUUUGCAUCACCCUAGAGACAUUUUUAUUAUAGCUGAUGUCAGGAAAUUAUCUUCAGAUAGAAUGAUCUAUGGUAGUGAUGGUCCUUGACAAACAUGGAACCUUUUUGUAUGCGAAGAAGUUUUGUAUGAUUUCAGUUUUUUAUUUAGAAUACUGCAUAUCCACAUGUUUGAAAAGUGUGUGCGCUAGUGACCUUUCCCCUGAAAAUGAUAUUGAACAAAUCUACCAUUCUUGAACCAUAUACAUACUUUUUCUGCAAGUACUUAUAAAGUAGGGAAUCAUAGCUGGGAAAUACUGAAACAGAGAUUAUUAUUGUUAGCCAGUCAGCUGUACUGUGACUAGUUCUUUCGGAUACUGUCAAUGUCUCAUAAACUAAUAGAAUAAUCUCUUUUCGGGAAUCUUAAUACCGUAUUUUCAUGUUCUAAUUAUGUUUUAUUAUUUAAAAGCUUAGAAGUGACAGAUGAAAAUAUUUAUUGGUGCUAAGACAUUUAGUAAGUUUAAUAUAAGAAAUAUUUAUAAAGGUUAGGAAACAUAAAAUUAGUUUGUUUAUUUUAGGCAAAGGGGUUGGAUUUUGUGCAAGCUGACUGACUAAACUGGCUGAUGAUAUAUUCUAAAAGGAAAUGGUGUAUAUAUAAUGUAGGGAGAUACAAGUUGAUGCCUUCGGCUAUAUGUAUUCUGUUCACAUAAGACCUGGAGCAUUCAUUGCAGAGCCAAUGAAGGCCCAGUAUGGAGCUUUGUAGACUUGCUUCAACUUUGGAGUAGCAGUAGCUCUGACAUGAGAUAAUGGGGAUGUUCUCUUUCCCGUGCUGGGAAAGUGUGGGUCUGGUUUUCUUAGGUUUAGGCACAUUCUCUUCCCUUUGUCUGUACUCUCCCAGGUCCUGAUACCCCUCCGCAGUUUCUUUCAGUUAUUGUACUACAAACCAAUGCACUAGUUUGAGCUACAGAAAUGCUAUUAUUAAUGUAUUUACAUAAUCUAUAUUGCAGUAUAUCUAUAUAUACUUAUGCAGUAUUGUCAAAUGUAUAUGUCUACCCCCACAGGGGUUUGUAAUCAUUACUAGAUUCCUAGAGAAAAGCCUGUUGGCCACUUCCUAGGGAUUAAGCUCCUAUGUUCUUUCUGCGCCCUCUUUUGGCUAAUUGAUGUAAUUAUUCUGACUCUAGAGACUUUUACUAUCCUAUUAGUGGGUUGUAGCUUCAAUCUGUGAACAUACGAGAGGUACACACUUAUGGGAACAUAUGUAUAAAAGUGUAAAGUUUUAUGAAAAUUGAAAAUGAAUGUGUUACUGUUGGUGAUGUUUCUUCUAGGUGAAUUGCUUGACUUCAUGUAUGUAUAUUGUACACUUUACUGUCAAUCACAAAAUUAGAUUAGGACAAACUAUUUCAUACUUUACUUUAAACCUUAUUUUGGUAAUUUAACUGGUUAUCAUUAUGAAAACUUACUUUAAAAUUACUAUUUUAUUAUAGAACAAAACAUUUAUUACAGUUACUGUGGCAACCAUGUCAUCCAGUGUGUUUUACUGGAUAUCUAAAGAAUACAAUUAAUUUUUUCAGUUCAAUUUUGGAAUAGUUCCACACAUAUACAGACUCAAUUGCCUUAAAAUGAUCAAUAAUUGAUUAACAAUACUAUUUUUUCUUUGCUUUUUAAAAAACUUUCUCAGUCAGAGUUAAGUCUUUAGAUACAUGUGUCACUCUGAAUAGCCGUGGGAAUAACUCCAUGUGUGGAGUGGUAGAAAGCAGCUUAGCAGGAGAUUUCCUGUUAGUCUGUAUAUUGCAUUGAAGGCUUUAUUUGUAAGUUUUAGCCAAAUGUGUGUUCAAUGAUAUUUUUACAUUAGCAGAAUCAUUUCUUGGGCUUCUGGAGUUAGAGUGUAUUACAGGCUGCAGUUGCACUUGGUAAACAAUUAGGGUUGGGCCUGCAAGGUGGCUCAGUACAUAAAGGUAUUUGUUGUACAAGACCGGUGACCAAAUUGGUUCCAGAACCCUUUUAAUGGUGAAAGUGAAGAAAAAAACCAAAAACACAUUCCAAACCUGAUUCCGCAGAGUUGUCCUCUGACCUCCACAAACAUGCCUGGCACUCAUGCCCUUCCCCAUCAUCUCUCUCUGUCUCUGUCUCUCUCGCACAUACAAGUUUUAAAAAUCUAAUUGGAUAAACUUAAUGUUGGCAAUAAUGAACUGAGUUCAGAGUCUUCUAAACAUUAAGCAAUCUAUUAAAGAGUCUUAGUACUUUGUAACAAGACUUAGGUUUCAGAUUACUAAACAAGCUGAUGUGACAGAGUGCAUGCACAGGAUACCCUGGGUUCACGACCAGGGUAAGGACAGAAGAGACGCAGAGGAGCUGAGUCGAAUGUCUCAACUAACACCGGAGCAUCUCACUAAUGUGUAGAGGUGGCUCCAUUAAGAACGGCAGCUCAUUCUAGCCAUUCUUAAUCAGACUUCAGGCUACUUCCAUACAAGUAAUUAACUGUUUUGCGCAAAAGAUGUGUGAAUUCUAAACAUUAAUCACAAAGACUCAUAUUAAGAACACACUUCCAAAACAGGAGGUACAAAUGAAUUUAGAUAAAAGCCAGAUAGUUUUCUGUAUUAGAUCAUGGGUAGUUGAAUGGUCUUCCAUGUAUUGCUAAAAAUUACAACUUGUCUUGCAGUGGCUUAAUAUGGCACUAAUAUUCAUUAGCAUAUGCUAAUUUUGUCUAGACUGUUCUCUGACUAGUUCUCUUGUAUGUCAUGUAUAAGUAGAUAACCUAGCUACAGUUCACUAACCUAUAGUACUUCAUUAUGUAAAUUUUGAAAUGGACUCUACUAUACAUAGAUAUAUUGGGAAUUUAUUACAAGCAUUAUGUAAUUUACUAAUAAUUAAAACGUUAGACUUUCAUCCCCCUCUACUGAUGCUUUAAAAAUUACAAGUAUUAGCAAAUGUAGUUAAUAAGUUCUAUAAACUUAGUGUGUUGUACUUGCUCGUAUUAUUAACCAUGUAAUUAACUAAUGAGUGAGUAUAUGAUUUAGUACCCACAUCUGUUGCCUUCUGUUGUAGGUACCAUGCUUGGAAUUUAUCUACAAAUAAAAAUUUUAGUAUAAUUUAUGUUUAGCUGUUCUUAGAUUCUAUAAUAUUCUAUAGCAGAACAUGGGGAAAGAUUAGAUGCUGUUUACUUGAAGUGUUUUAUAACAGUAUUGUGUCUGACUAUAUGAACCAAUAUUUAGCAUUUACACUACCUUUGUGAUGACUUAACAUCAGGAAGUGACUUUUCUCACUUCUUCCAUCAUCUUUCUGCAUUUUUUUAAAACCAAAAUUAUUUUUAAAAACCAUUUUGUUAAAACCAAUAACAUUUUUAUCAGUUCUUUAGGUGUGGCAAUAUUACCUGCCAGUGAUAAUUUGGAACAAGUUAUUAUUAGUAGUAGUAGUAGUAAUAGUAGUAGUAGUAGUAGAAGACAGGUUUUACUGGCUUUGAACUCAGAAUCCUUCUACCUUUGCCUCCCAAGUUCUGGGAUUACAGGCAUAUGCUGCUGUGUUUGGCUCAAUGCUUAAAAUUCUUAAGUCAUUGGUAUUAGGUAUUACUGAUUUCAUUAUCGUAUCUUUUACUUUCCUUUUGUCUACCCUAGAGUUCAGGUACUAAUGUAGCAAAUAGCCAAAACCUUGGAUAAAGAAAGUAGGGGACAUUGGUAAGAUAGAGAGAAGGCUGCAUGGACAUAAACAAUCAGCAUCUCUGCAGAAGAGUUAAGACUGGGGCCGUGAUAGCACAGACUCCCCUUGCCAGCUCCUCAUUCCUAGCUAGCACCAUGUUACUGUAAGAGCCCUUCGUUCUGGGGAGCAUUUGGUUUGAGUUAUUUAACCUCCUCUUAUAUUGCUCUUUCUCUUUAGCUGGCCAUAUGCUCUUGAGAGAUUAUUUUUAAUUUUAGAUAAUUGUGUAGGAUAUGUUGACCUGCAUCAUUUUUAGCAUGCACAUGUUAAAAUAACAUGGAAGUGCAGAUGUGUAAUACAGAGGAGAAGCGAUAGGAUGGCAGUUUGAGAGAACUGGAACCCAUUUAGGAGUCUCUUAUGGCAGAAGAAAAAUGCCGAGAAAAUUCACCCGUUUAGGUAUGAAUUUCAGCAGAGAAAAUCACCAGUUAGGUAUGAAGGCUAGUUUACGCUUUAAAGAUUGGGCUCUUUUGCUGAUAUUGGGACCCUGGAGGUCUUCCUUGCUGUUGGCAUUUUUAAUUCAUUACCUCGUGUGUAUACCAGUAGUGCUUUCCACACUUGCUCAACUGUUUAAUUAAUUACACAUAUAUAACAUUUUCAUCUCAGUAGCUUUAUAUGUAAAGAUAAAGCCAGAGCAGCCAGAACCAGGCACAGCUCCUCUUGCAGUUCUGCUUGCCGCUUCCACAGUGUCGUUUGUGGACUGUCAGUCAGAGGGAAGACUUGUGCACGUCCUGUGAGCUUUAUGUCCGAGCCAGUGUGGGUGGAUGGUAUUUAACCAACUGGUGCCUGAAACUCGUGUUUUACAACCUGAGCAACUGAAACAUCCUGGUGCUAUUUGCUUUAGCUUUGAGUUACAUUCUUAAUUCUUGAACCAAAGAGUUGAUUUUCUUUUUGCUUGACUGGGGUUAGUUUCUCAUCUGUGUCUGAAGAAGUGAACAGUCAGUUGUCAGCGCUUACUUUCUGUGAAUGCUGGCUGAGCGCAGUCCGUUGAAAAUGAUUCUUAUUUAGACUUAGCUUUUAUUCUUUCAUGCGGAGUGGUACGGAUUUUAAUUUUGUAUUUUAAUAUAGUGUGGUUACUUUAUAAGGUAUUUUAAUAGGCUGAAGCUACUAAAGUUAUUGAAUCACUUUCCCCCUUGGCUUCACUUUGGCAGAGAAGAAAAGCUUUUAUUUCUAUAAGCAAAGUAUUCUGUUAGACACUUUUGAUGACUACUCAACCAUAUGCUAAAAUACAGGGCAAAUAAUGGAUCCAUUGUGAAUUACAAGUCAAGAAUUUAACAUGUUUUUUCUGUGUGUAAGUAUAAUCCUUAAUGGCUUUAAAGAAUGAUGCAGGUAUUUUCCUAUUUUGAAAGUAAGAUGAAAUUAAAGGACAUUUAAAAAAACAUAAAAAUCACUCACACACACACACGGAAAUGCAGAAGUACCUUAAGUUAAGUGAGCAUCCUUGUAGAAGUUGAAGUUUGCAAAAAAAGCAGUCUGGAUGCUGCUGCUUACUGUACAUGAAAAUUAGAGUAAGAUUGUUUUACAAACUAUUUUUCUUUUUAGUGAUUUAUUUCUCAUAACUGGCAGAACCCAAUCCUGUGGCUGGGCUUGUCCAGGUGUAAUACUGCUGCAUGUGAUUGGCUUCCCUCUUCUCCCCAGGACCUCUACAAACAGCCGACAGUGUCUGCUGAAAACUGGGGCUGCAGUGGCUGGUGCCUCGGGCAGUGCUGGGAAAGUAGACAGUCACAUUGAAAGUGCUUGUGUGUCCAUCAGCUGUGUCUGUGUCUCCUUUAAUCUUGAUACAAUGUGUGGUUUUUGCAGUGAAUUCUGAAUGAAAAACAAAAUCAAGUCUAAAACUUGAGAGGUGAGGAGCUCAUGUGCAUGAAGUGUGUCCAGAUGAGCAGAGAAAGGAAGCAGGGGCUGGGUGGGGGUGGGGGCAGCACUGUGUCUCUUCUGAGCUGUGUUGCCACUGGAUAGAUUCUUAAUAAUCUCACUGCAUGUCCUUUGUCCAUAAGGCAGAGUGGAGUCAUUUUUUUCCAAGUUGUAGAUAGGAACAAAUUUAUCACUGCUUUCUGUGUCUUUGUGUGAUUAUUAAAAAGCAAAGAAAAAAUUAACAUAGAUUGGAAAAAGCAACUACUUCCACCCCAGUCAGCGGUACUCAGAUAAAUGGGUUGCAAGCCCAAGGACAGAAUAGGCUCUCGGGAGAACGGUACAUGGACCACAGUAGAUGAGCAUGCUCUGUGCCCGGGCUUAGUCUAGCAAGUAUAAUAACCACACAACACUGGUGUCAUUUUGAGGUGCCUAGAAUUCGCUGUCAGCCCCAAUUCUCACAGAUUCCUAAAUGAAAGAGCCGUCUGGAGUUUUAGUAAUGGUGUUGCUGCAGGGGCCUAGGCAGACCCUGUCUUCAGACUUGUGGGUGUGCUAUCAUUCAGCUCUAGUGUGUGUAGUCUGAAGGCCAUUCACCUGCCUCAUCCACUGGUUUCUUUGUUGCCCUAAGUCUUCACUAACAUUUCUAUUGCUGGUGAUAAUAAGGACAGAGUGCAUGUAGAAGUCAGAGUGCUUUGAGAGCGGGAGGAAGCCACAGGUGGGAGCUGAGAUGGACUCAUUUGUUAAGAUGAGAAGUCCACCCUGGCUCUUUGAAUGAAAAUGAACUAUGUGUGUAUCUACCUUAAGAACAACAUUGCUUUUAAUUUAUUUUAGUGAUUUUGUUUUAUUCAUGUAAUGUUCUGUUUUCUUUGCAAAUUGCUUUUAAUUUAAAUUGUGGAAUUUUUACUUCUCUUGAAAUGUACUAUGUACUGUAUUUUUAGAAAUCUUAUUUUUAAAUAAAUAUUUUUGAAAAACAUA